AUAAUUUGUAUCCGCGUCCGGUUACAAUCUUGACCAAUGCUGGUAUUCGGCCGUGGAAAGUGAGGUCUGGAUGUGGCGGAUGUCGCGCUCUACGAUAUGCGCUGCCGCUUUCCGUGGCAAUGUGCAGAGCAUCCGUCUCCGUAGGAAAAAUACAUAAAAAGCCAACCCAAAUGGCAGCGAGAGUUCAAGUUCCCGUCUUACCAUCUCACAUCCGUCCUCUCGCGUAUUAUCCCCCUGUUCAACGCGAUGCAUCCCGGAUCGAUGGCCAGCCAACUGCCCGAUUUCACGGGCCGUUCGCUCAAUAGCGGUCGCUACGAGUGCACGAAGGUCCUAGGCGCUGGCGCCUGUGGAGUCGUGUACCACGCGUACGACUUGCAAGCCCCGACCUCCUCCGGCAGCGAGACUCCGGCGCAGUGCGCUAUCAAGAUCGUCCGUAAGGCUGGUCCUACGGUGACGGAUAGCAUACACCAGCACCAGGAGGUCAUGCUGCAGGAGCUCGUCUCGGACCAUCCAAACGUGCUGACGGUGCAGGACACGUUCGAGGACAGCAAGUUCAUCUACAUCGUGAUGGACUACUGUCCCGGCGAUCUGUUCCGUCUGUGCGUAAAUGAUGCGUUCUUGGACAAGGACGAGCUCGUCCGCAAGGUGUUCCUGCAGAUCUUGGAUGCGGUUUACGCGUGUCACAUGAAAAAAGUGUUUCACCGUGAUUUGAAACCGGAGAACAUCCUCUGCAGUGCGGACGGGAGCGAGGUCUAUAUCGCCGACUUCGGUCUGGCGACCCGUCAUCCCCUCAGUAACACGUGGGGAUGCGGAAGCUUCCAGUAUAUGAGUCCUGAGGAGACAGGCUUCAAGGCCUAUCCCACCAAGCAGGGAGAUAUCUGGGCGCUGGGCAUCAUCCUGAUCAACAUGCUCACCGGCGGAGUCCCCUGGCAGAAAGCGCAUUCGGAAGAUCCGGACUUUUCGGACUUCCUCAUGGACCCAUAUCACUUCCACAAGAUGGUACCGAUCUCGAGGGCUGCUGGCCACCUCAUCAAUAACAUCCUGGCUCUCCAGCCGGCUGAACGCAUCUCCAUCCCGGAGCUGCGCCUAGCCAUUCUCGAGAUCGACACCUUCUUCAUGCGCGACGACGAGCUUGUCACAGCUGCCAUGGGCGCGCCUCCUCCGGAGGACGCCAUUACCACCCCCGAAGAGGGGAUCUGCGUGAUGCAGAAUGGCAAGUGCUGGGACGAGUGCGCCGCGGCGACGAGCACGGAGGCAGAAGACGAGGUCGAGGACGCCCACCUCGAAGAGGCGGAUAUCACCAGCUUGGACCCCGAUGAAGUAUACCAGGAGAGUGACACCCUCUUCACCUUCUUCGACGGGUCCAAGUCGUCCUUGACCUCCAGUUCCUCUUCCACCUCCACUUCUGGUAUCGAGAGCGCGGGACCGAUCACCCCCGGAUCGUAUUCACAAGGUCCCACGGUCGAGAUACCAGAUUUCGCGGAGAGCCUUGGGGAGGCUCUUAAGUCUGUCGUCGCGUCGGAAAAGAAGCGCCCAGCGCAUGCACCAUCAGUGCUCAAUCUCCUAGAGCGUCUCGAGAUGUGCUCUCUGUCGUUGUAAUCCGCGAUCGCCGACGUCUCAGGCUGGCCCUAGGACGUCGAGUCGGAUCACAUUACUCUAUCAUCAC